AAAUGUAAAAAACUACAUUUGUUAUUCAGUGUUAGCCAUUAAUAUAUCCUAUUUUCAUUCAUAAAUAUCUAUUUACAAUUAGACUUGAAGAUAUGUUACCCUAUAUACACCAUUCUGUAUGUUUGUUUGCAUAGGUGUUAGGGUAGAUUUGUUUCUUGUUAGGUGGAAGUGACGAUCGUAACCUUUGGUGGAUACAUUUUUAUUUCGUUUAAUCUAUUAAUUGUUUUGAAAACUCGACAUUAAACAUUUUUAAAGAUGGGUUUCCGUGUACGUAUAUAUUGUCUGUGUUAGUUCAAAUGAAUAAAAGGAAAAUAUAAAUAUACCGGAUUUGUUGGCUCCAAUUGAUUUCUCUGUGCUUUGUUUUCUUCUAUCAUAAAAGUCUUAUUUUUGUAGGUAAAUUAUGGAAUCAUCUUUUUUAGAUAGAAAAUCGUUUACCACACCAACACAGAAUAUUUUUAUUAAUAAAUUAAAAAAGAAGUACAGAAAGCAAAAUAUUAAAAGUAUUAAACUACAUAAACCUCAUUUUGUAUACACAAAGUUUAAGAGUAAUCUUAGAAAAGAAGUGGAGCGAGGUUUAAAGGGAAAAAAUGGUUGUUUACAAACCAUUUCAUCUGACAUUAAAACACAUUUAGUAAAUGUAAAUAAGCUUCUGGAUCAUUUUAAUGAAAAUUCUUCAGUCAUUGGUAAGGUAGGCUUCAUAGACCCUGAUAGCAAUACUGUAACAGUUGCAUGCAAUGACUCGCUUUGUAAUUCACAAAAAACUAUUGAAGAAGAGUCAUUAUUAAAGCAAUAUCAAAAUUCAGUUGUAAACAUUAAUGAUGAUCAAGAAAUAUUCCUUAGAAAAAUAGAACUGCAAAGAAAGCAUUGUAAUGAUUCUAAACUGGAUGUAAAUCAUAGCAGUAAAGAGUUAAAAUUAUUGAAAAUCAAAGAAAACAAUGAAUUACUAAAGACUUUCAAUAUAAGUAAAACAAACAAUGUAUAUAAGACUGUAAAAAAACGAAAUUACCUUCAAAUUAAGCCCACAGAAACCAAGCCACCUGAAAUAAUGUAUGAAAAUGAUGGAACAGAAUAUUACAUUUCAAGCAGAACAAAUCGUAAAAGGAAAAGGGUAGAUUAUGUAACCCUUGAUCAUGGACUGAUGUAUUCUGAAGAACUUGAAGCACCCAACGUUAAAAAACAAAAACAUAGUUUAAAAGAUUCUGAUGAAAUUUCAUCAAGUGAAGCAAGUGAACAAAAUGAUUCGAAUUUAGAAACAAAUAAAUCUUCAUCUCCUACACAAACGAUUGGAGGAAAAUUGACUAGGAGAAAGAAGACAAAAAAAAAGGAGAACCAGAAUGACGAAUGUGCAGACAACCCUGAGAAAGUAGUAACUUGUGCAGUUUGUAAUUUGGAACUGGAUUUUACAUCUUGGUCUUACCACAAACAAAGACAUCACAAUAAUUUGGCAUGGAGAAUUGGUGAAACUCCACUGGAUUUAAAUGACGAAAGUUUAGUUGCAAGAAUAUUAGGAGAUUUGUAUAAAAAACGAAAACCAUUGUAUUGUGAAAAAUGUGGUGUAGCUAAAAAAUCUGUGGUUGGAUUUUUAUCACAUAAAUCAAUGUGUCUGAAAACAGAAGAAGAAAAAGAAAGCAUUAAAAUAAAAUGUGAGCUUUGUGAUCGAAAAGUGUUACCUGUAAGUAUAACUACUCAUAUGAAGUUUUGCCAUGGAAAUGUAAGAAAGGACAACAGCGAAAAAGGCACUAAACUCAGCGAAACAGAAAGUGAAAGUGAUACUCACAGCACUCACGCAAAUAACGAUAAUGUAGAAUUAAGUAAAAAUGAAGCUCUGAGCAUAGAAAUAGACAGCAGUUUUAAAAAGAAGGCCAAAGAUAGUCAAGAAAAAGAUAUUCCUGACUUUGUGGUAUGUGAAAUAAAUGAUAACGUAGAUUCUGAUGAAAGCUCAAAAAAAAUAUGUAAUGAAAAAGCGAAGCGGAAAAAAAGAUUUAAAGUUAAAAAAGAAGCAGAUGAUAGUGAUUUUUUUGGUUUUGAACAUGACGAUGGUUCUAAAGAUAUGCCGAAAAAAGAAACUAUAUUACAAAAACUAAAAAGUGAAAAUCAGACACAGAAAGUGUUCACGUCGUUAUUUGCACAGAUCGGAGAAGUGGAGGCCUCUAGUUCCAGCAUUACACCAGUAGAAAGGAAGGUCCCUGAGAUCAUUACACCACGAAGAGGUAGACAUCCAAAAGUAAUAAACGAAAUAAUCAAUAAUGCUAGUGAAUGUGACUCAAAAGCUUUUAUUGAAUGUGCUGUAUGCAAUAAUAAAAUGGAACAAACAAAUUGGCUGUACCACAAGCUGAGAAGACACAAUAAUUUGGCUUGGAAAGUUGGGGAUCCCCCGAUUGAUUUAAAUGAUCAUGCAACUGUAGUGUAUAUACUUAAUGGCAUUUAUAAGCAAAGAAAGCCACUUUAUUGUGAAAAAUGCGACACUCCAAGAAAGUCUGUAAUGGGUUAUUUGUCACACAAGUCUUCAUGUCAAAAAACUGAAGAAGAAAAACAGGAUCUCAGAAUAAAAUGUGAAUACUGCGAUAGAAGGGUGAUGCCCGUCAGCAUGCCAAUGCACCUUAAAUACUGUCGAGCAAUUAAUGAAAAGAAAUAUACUACAGUAAAUUUUCAGAAUUUUUGUAAAAAUAAGAGGAGUGCAGCCACAAAAGCACAAAAGUUCAUAGAACAGUUUUCAAAAGAAAGCAGCAGUGAAGAUGUUGAUGCAACACCAUAUAUCAUUAAUGGUAUAGUUCCGUCUUCUCGUAAAGGAAAGAAAGUGGAUUAUGCUAAAAGUAGCAAUUUAACACUAUCAGUUUUACGAAUUAAACCGUUCAAAACUGAACUGAAAGAAAAAGGAACUUUAAUAUGCAAAUUUGAAGGAUGCACAUUUUCAUCAGAAAGUGUUCAAGAAUUUAUGAAACACUUCGUAAAUUGUGCCUUUAAACCGAAAGAUGCAUACUUCUGCAAAAUAUGUGUGGGACAUUUCGAAACAAAGGAAGAAGUGGUAGAGCACAUUAGUGAACAUCUUGUUGAUCCUAUUUUUAAAGAACCGAAAGCUGAAGAAGCCUCUGUUGCUGGUGUUAGUGAUAACGAAAGUGAUCAUGAACAGAUGAAAGGAAAAACGUACUCUUCUGCAUUUCCCUUUAGAAAUCCUCGCAACGUGAAAUUUUUACUUAAAUCAACAGCAUUGUCCUAUGGUAAAGGAAAAGCUAAAGUUUUCCCAUUGGCCCAUGAAUGGACGAAACGCUUUUACGAAGAAAAUUACGAUCUGCAGAAUUUAUUUCCUGCUUUUAUUCCUAGAGAAUCAGAUUGGAUUCCAGUUAGUCCAGUUUUAGUUAAUCAGUAUUUGCCUCCUUUGAGAUAUUCUUGUUCUGUUGCUAGAAAAAUAGUUAAAUCCUUUGAAAAUCCCCUAGAAGAAGAUUAUGAGUGGAAGACUUUUCUUCUCUUUGAAUCUCAAUUAUUUGAAGAUGGUUCUUCCACAAUCUUCUGUGGUGGCCCAGUACAUGCUAUGGCUUGGGCUCCCACUCCACCUUAUAACAUUGAUUAUGAACAAUAUUUGGCUGUAGCUGUAGCAAAUACAGUUGAAACUAAUAAAAAAUGCGACGUUGGUAUAGGACCUGGCUUGAUUCAAAUUUGGAACUACGGGGUUUUAAUCAAUAAACAGUUGCCAAAGUCCAAACCUGAAUUAGUUCUUUGUGUCGCUCAUGAUUACGGAACUGUGACGGCAAUAGAAUGGUGUCCGUCUGGUUGCUACGACUCAAAUGAUUCAGAAAAACUGAAAAGACUUGGAUUACUUGCAGUUGCAUGCAGCGAUUCAAGUGUGUAUAUAUAUUCAAUAUGUGUACCCCAUUUGUUAAAAAAUAGGAGUAAAGUUUACAAGCCUAAACCUGUAUGCCAGUUGCAAGUGGUUAGCACAGAAUUCUUUGCUUUUACUACUGAAAGUGUAGUACCAACAAGACUGUCAUGGACGAAGGCUCGUGGUCACCGAUUUUUAGCUGUUGGUUAUUCAAAUGGUAUGGCAGCCAUAUUUGACUUGUGUACUACAUCAGAACUAUUAAAAAAUUCAAACCAAUCUGAUAGUGUCGAGGUAAUACGCCCUAUACAGAAUUUAAAAGCCCAUAGCUUUGCAAUAACAGGAAUUGCUCUUUUCCAUUUAAACGAUGGGCGUCGUUGGUUAAUGACGGCUUCAUUAGAUCGUGCUUGCAAAUUUUGGGAUUUAGAAAAUCCUUUUGCACCAAUUUGUGAAUAUAAAAAGUUUUUGCUCACGGAUGCAAUUUGGCUAACCAAUUGGCUUUGUUCAGUAGUCGGUCCUGAUGAUGGAGGAUUUGAUAAACUAUCCCAAACAUGCAUCAACUUGGUUGGAAGUUUUGGUGUUAGUCAAGUUAACUUCUUCAGGAGCUUAAGUCGAGUAAAUUCCUUAUCAGCAAAUGAUUGGAACAACAGUUUCCUCCAAGGAUGUACAUCAGGAGAAGUUACUAUUAGCGUUCAUGGACAAUUACUGUAUUGGUUGGACAUGGACAAAAGAGAAAAGAAACUGAAAAACUUUACUAUUUCUUACGUGGGACUGAUUGAUAAAUAUAGUACAAUAGAAAAACGCUUAGAGAAGCAUAGAGAAGAAGAAAAACAGACAGUGGAAGAGGAUAAUCAGACAGAUAAAAGUAUCGUUGAAGAUCUUCAAAUGAAUUACAAUGAAGCAGUUGAUAAAUAUGGAUUAGUUUUCUGCGAUUUCUCACCCACAGUCGAGCCUGCUAAUUAUAGUAAUUUGAAGCCAUUGCCUGAUUGUUGUAGGAUGACAAACUUAACAGUUUAUCCAUUAACGUCUGUUUCAAAAUGUUCAUGUAACCCAAAUUGUCAUUCCUACAGUUAUUUUGCAUGUGGUUACCAGGCAGGUUUUGUCAAAGUUUCCUACUGUGAUAUUACAGAUAGAUAGCUAAUACGUUAAGUCAUACUGAACUAAAUAUUAUAAUCCACAGAAGUCUGUUCUUAUAUUUAAAUCAUUAAUUUGGCAAUGUCACAACAGUAGUUUUCUUAUGUAAAGUAAGGUACAAUAAAUUGUAAAUAUUUCCCUUUAA